UGCAGAGAUGGUUUAGUGGUGGUGAUACUGAAACACCUCACUGAAUGACUGAGAAGAGGACCAGUCAUGAAGUGCUGGAACUGCAGAGUGCUGCUAGUCCUGUCUGGGGUCUUUUGCUUUCGAGCCAGGGUAGAAAGUUCUUCAGUAGGCUCCAUUAAUAUGAAGAUUACCAACACGUCAAGUACAAUAAAUGUGACAUGGGAGCCGCCAGAUAAGUCCAAGAACCCCUUGUGCUACAGGAGUAAUUUGCAGUACAGGAGCCACUGUGACUCAUCCUGGCAGAACUUUAAAAACAUUGCAGGGUUCCGCUUUGUGCUGCCUGCUCCAGACAUGAAGAAGAAUUAUGUUUUCAAAAUAAGAACAAGGCUGGAGUGUGUCAAUGAGAAAUGGAGCGAAUGGAGUCCAGAGAAAUACUGGAAGAAUGACACAGUUCCCUGCUCUGCAGACACAUCCGCAGUUAGCAUCAAGGACUACGUGUUGGUAACUGUGCUGCCGGUGGUGUUUUUACUGAUUCUCUAUGCAGCAACACAGAAGCGGAUAAGAAGACUUGUCCUUCCUAUAAUUCCAGAUCCAAAAAACACCCAGGAGAGCAUCCUAAAUAUUGAGCAGUUUCAGUGGUUCACCAGCUUCUCACAGGAGUGUGAGGAAUGUGAAAUGGUAGAAAUUGAGCUGGUCCCCCAGUCAGAGGAGGAGGAGAGUGAAAUGACUGAUGAACUGUCACCACAGAAACCUACAGAUACUGUCCCAGAAAGCCAUGACCUAGACCCUACCACAAAUACCAGCCUGUACUUUGCUUACCCGUCUGAUUCACCUGAGGACAGCGAGGCUCCACAGUGCUUACACGCCAUGCCCGGCUACAUUACCAUUUAGAUACAGUGUUCCAAAUUACACUAUAUGGACAAGAGUGUUGGGACAGCUGCCCAUUCUUAAAAGUGUGCCAGAGAACACCUAGACAAAGGACACCAGGACUUCUGGAACAAUGUGCUUUGAACAGAUGAGUACGAUUUGAGUACAGUUACAGAAGACAUGUUUGUCACGAACCACUAAAAACUGUUCAAAGAAUCCAUGCUUACUGUAAAGCAUGGAAGGUGUAAAUGUCAUCAUCUGGCAAGCUCUUCAUCAUAGAAUCUACAUCAAGAAUUACUCACUGUAUCAGAGGGGGCUUGAGGAAAAUGUUACAUCAUUCAUAUUCCUGAACACUGAAGGUGAAGCAUCACACAGCUGAAAGAAUUCUGCAUGGAGGAGUAGGAAAAAACUUUAUCUCGAUGUCAGACAGAUGGUUAUAGGAAACAUCUAAUUAAGAUUAUUAUGACCAAAGAUGGAAAAUUCCAGCUAUAUGGGCAUAUGGUGUCCUAACUUUUUUUCCUACAAAAUGGAUAAUUACUGUUUAUUAAUUGUAUAACCUCUCAUACACCAUGAAUUGUAUUGCACCUAAGGCUUAUUAUUUGGGUGGCAAGGUGGCGCCACUGGUGGUGCAUAUGAAACCGCAUCAGGGGCCUGGGAUUGUGGGUUUGGUUUCUGCUCUGGUUACAGUGAAGAGUUUGGUGUGUUCUUUCUGUGUUUGUGUGGACUUUCUAGUGGGUGCUCCAGUGGUAGGUAAAGUGGCCAUGCUAAACCGGCCCCUAUAUAUAAUUGUGUGAGUUAAUGGUUAAGCUAGUAAAUUAAAAGGGUAAUUUAAUCAUAUUUUAAGAAAAUAAUGAAUAGUACCUAAUAGUACAUGUACAUUAAACUCAACAAUUUAACAACAAUUGCUAUAUUUUUGUUGCAUGUCAUGCAUUUGAGAAAUCAACAAAACACAAAGCUUUCCACUGAACCAACCACUAACAAUAGCAACUUUAACAACAGUUAUUACUCUAGCAUUGUUACUAUAGCAAAGAUAAUGUAACAACGUCACUCAUGAGCACCUUAGAAGACCUGAUUUGCACCACUAUAGGCCUGUGUGUAAUACUGAUACCGGACAAAGGAGGGCACUCUGACUAUUCUAAAGACUGCCCUGCAUAGACAAGGCAUAUCAAAGGCAGCAAGGAGCAAGCUCCCUCAGCAUCAAAGCCCACCGUAAAAGGAGGAUGUAGGUUAAUUUGAAGGCUGAUUUAAAAGAUUAAUGCGUAGCUGCCUGCAUAAUAGAUGUGUAGUUUCAGUGUGACGCCAUCACAAAGCCAGGGCACUGAGAAUCUGCUCCUGCCACGUGCUCCUUACAGCCGUGAUUGAUGAUGAGGGACAGAAGGAAAACAAACAGGAGCAGGAGAGGAUCAUUCAAACCCUCAUUAAGAGACGCGUUCGUGAAGUUAAAGACUCUGAUAUGCGGACGGACAGACGGACGGAUGAUAACAAACACUCACGCCCAGUUCACACCUGUUUAAGUCUUCACAGAUUGACCAGUGUUUCCUUCACACUCGGCUUUUGUUUAGGCCACGCCGGUAGCAUGGCUGCUUCCUCGCAGCGCACAGAGUCCAUAUUCCAGCCAUAUGAGGUGAAGAGAAAACCUUCUGUAAACACUUUUUCACUCAGCCGUGAAAACAAUUUCGGAUGUUUAAUUAGGCCUAUAAGCAUUUUUGGGUUUAUGACAUUAACAAGCCAUGCGUUGUUUAUAGGAUAAUUUGGGGUCUUUCAAUUAAGUUUAUUUGCUUUCUGUUUUCCACACUGCAUAAAUGAAACACUCCAUCUGCGCACAUGGAGACUUUCUGCCAAAACUCUGAGCCUGAGGCUGAUCCAGAUCAUAUUCUGACUUCAGGUAUUAGAGAUGUUCCAACUUUUAUUUUUUCUAGAAGUCAGACAUAAUGAGAAAGUGAUCAUCAAGAUAGAUUAACCCCUAGUGCCCUGAGGCGUCUGAGGCAUCAAAAUCCCCAUCACUUUGUAUAAUAAUGUAAUAGACAUUCAAAUUACCAGGUUGAAGUUACUCAGAUCUGCAGCUUGUUUGCUUUAAUGUUACAGGCCUUUUCAAAUCAGAUUUGAGUACAUUUCUUAUCGUUGUUGUCCAAUGAAAACUUUCUUUAUUUUUUGUACUUUUUUAGUUUAUUACACAAUUUAAGAAACACACACACUGUCACAAUUUCUUCAAUAAUAGACCAAAAAACUCUCCUCAGAAAAUUACCUGAAAUAAACUUAUUUUAUAUUGACUUCCAUUGAAAGCUAAGAAGGUUCCAUCUCUCUACUUAAAAGUUGCUCUUUUAGAGACACAUUUUUUAUUGGACCUUGACGAUAUGUGGUCAUAGAUUGGUCCUCAUAAGCACCUGCAUCACACAGAAUGAGCAUAUUCACAACAAGUUAUGCUUCCUGUUGUUUUAGUUAAUGAAUAGCUAUUAAAUAUAUAAUUUUUCUGACACAACAAUAAACAGAACAACAGCGGGGUGUUGAAAUACGGCAAAACAUUGGCAGCACAGCAAAAGGAGACAUGCAUAAAUGUAACAAUGUGCACAUAUGUGCAAUUUCAGGUAUUUCACAAUACAGACGGACACAGGUCAAUGUGAACCAAAUAAUCAGAAUUGUUAAGUGAUCAGAGGCUUGUUUUGUGAAGCUUAGAGUAAGAGUUUAGAGUUCUCCUCCAAGUGUGUUUGGCUGUCCAGUUAGAAAGAGAUGCAUGUAGUUAUAAUGUAUAAAAUAUAUAAAAUACUAUU